AUGUCGCACCGGUACGACUCCCGCACCACCACCUUCUCGCCGGAAGGUCGCCUCUACCAGGUGGAGUACGCCGUGGAGGCGAUUCAGCAGGCCGGCACCGUCAUCGGUGUGUGCACGAAGGGCGGCGUUGUGCUGGCGGGUGAGAAGAUGGUGCCGCACCCACUCUUUGAUAGCGAAAACAUGCAGGACAAGAACACCAGUGGGGAGAAAAUGUACAAGAUUGCCGAGCACAUCGGCUGCAGCGUGGCGGGGGUGACGUCGGACGCGUAUGCCUUGCUGAACUACGCUCGUCUUGCAGCACAUCGCCACCAGUACACCUUCCAGGAGCCGAUGGCGAUCGAGGAUCUCUGCCGCAUGUUGUGUGAUGAGAAACAGCUCUACACACAGUACGGUGGCGUGCGUCCCUACGGCGUUUCCUUCCUACUUGUUGGAUGGGACCGCUACUACGGCUACCAGCUCUACUCCACCGAACCAAGCGGCGACUACAGCGCCUGGAGUGCGUACGCGAUCGGCCAGAACGACCAGGUGGCGCAGUCACUCCUGAAGAAGGACUGGCACAACGAUAUGACGCUGCAGGAUGGCAUGCUGCUGGCACUUCGAGUGCUAAGCAAGACGAUGGACACGGCGAAGAUCGACCUUGACCGGGUGGAGAUGGCGGUGCUGCACAAGGUUUCCGCUUCGAGCGCUGAUGAGCUGCUCGACCCGUUCAAACACCACCCCAAGAUGAUCCCUCAGUUUCACAUUCUUUCCCGUAGUGAGCUGAAGCCACACGCCCAAUGCGCCGACCAGGCCAGGGAAGCGGAGGAGCAGGCGGAGGCGGAGCGCCAGCGCCUACAGGAGCAGGCUCUGGAGUCGUAA